AUGGUUCGUUACGUGCCUCGGCUGGCUGAUGGCCAACGGGUGAAGCUCUCCUGGCCACUGGCGCUGUUUCGCUUCAAUCACAUCUUCUGGCCAGUCGAUGCCAGCACCUCAUCCAAUUGGCAACGCUUGGAUUAUGGGAUUGCUUUGAUAGGCUGUCUGAUCUUCAUGCUGCAUAAUGAUGCGGAACUUCGUUAUUUGCGCUUUCACAGAAGCAACAUUGACACCCUGUUGACCGGGAUGCCCACCUACGUGAUCCUCGUUGAGGCUCAGCUGCGCACUUUGGAUAUUCUCUGGCACAGAAAUCAGCUGCGUCAUUUGCUACAGACAUACUUCAGCUCUAUCUAUGUGGAUCGCGAUGCGGAACCGCAACUCUUUCGUCAAAUCGAGCUCAAGAUGCUGCCGAACCGAGUGGUUGCCUCUUUGUAUCUGAUUGCCGUCUCCGGGUACAUGAUUGCGCCAAUUGUGAUGCUGAUAACUGGUCAAAAGGACUAUGUGUUUCCCAUGAUCACACCUUUCAAUGCCCAGCCACUGUACGUAUUUGUGCCGCUGGUGCUGAGCAGCGUCUGGGUGGCUCUGUCCAUUGAUACGAUGGCGUUUGGUGAGACGACGCUGCUCUGCGAACUGGUCGCCCAUCUGAAGGGUCGAUAUGUGCUAUUGCAGCGCGACAUGGAGUCGUCUAUAGACCUCAUACUGGCAGCCCGACGGCGUCCCCAUAUGGCGCAGCAAUUGCGCGAGCUGCUUGUCCAAACAUUGCACCGCAAUGUGGCUCUCAAUCGGUUUGGAGAGCAGCUUGAGGAACAUUUCUCGGCUCGAAUAUUCAUAAUGUUCGCCUGCAGUGCCAUAUUAUUAUGCGCCUUGGGAUUUAAGACAUAUGUGAGUCCAACGGGCACCUACAUUUAUCCCAUGUGGUUUGGCGCCAAAACUAUGGAAUUGCUCUCAUUGGGUCAGCUGGGCUCCGAAUUGGCUUAUAUGACAGACUCUCUGAGUACGAUGUACUAUCAAUCAAAUUGGGAGCAGGUGCUUUACUACUCAACCAAUCCUCACGAGAAUCUGCGACUGUUGAAGGUCGUAGUGAUAGCAAUUGAGAUGAACUGUAAGCCUUAUUAUAUGAUGGGCUUGAAGUACUUUCGAGUCAGCCUGCAGGCUGUCCUAAAGAUACUACAGGGCGCCUUCUCUUACUUCACGUUUCUCACCUCGAUUCGCUGA